GCAUCACUAGCUACAUUUGGGCGCGAAUACGCUAUAUAGCUAUUUAGGACUCCCGGAAAAUACAGAUAUAUUAUUAAAGCAAGGUCCAAUAAUGAAGUGUAAAAUUCCUGAAAUAUCGUGGCACAACCGUGAUCCUGUUCUGAGCGUAGAUAUUCAAUUGGCAACCGUUGGGCUUCAGGAGCCAACAAUUUGUCGGUUAGCAUCGGGCGGCACAGACACCCAUGUACUGAUUUGGUACGUGAAUCGCAGUGCGGAUGGUGAGGGAGUUGACUUGGAGCUGGCGGCGGACUUGGCACGACACCAGCGUGCCGUGAACACGGUGCGUUGGUCCCCCAAUGGAGAACUUCUGGCAUCCGGUGACGAUGACAGUGUAGUAUUUAUUUGGAAGCAAAAGGCAGAGCAUGAAGUGUUAAGCAUUGUAGAUGCGGAUGGACAGAGCGGGCAUGACAAGGAGGUAUGGAUAGCACAAAAGGUGCUGCGUGGUCAUCGGGAGGAUAUUUAUGAUCUCAGCUGGGCGCCAAACUCGCAGUUUCUGGUGACUGGGUCAGUGGAUAACACAGCUAUGUUGUGGGACGUCCAUAAGGGCAAGUCAAUGAAUAUUCUUGAUGAUCACAAAGGCUAUGUUCAAGGUGUGGCAUGGGACCCGUGUAAUCAGUUUAUUGCCACAAUGAGCACAGACAGGCAUUUGCGUAUUUUCGAUGCCAAUACUAAAAAGGUACUUCAUCGCGUCAGCAAGGCGACACUGCCUGUGAAGGAGGACCAUGAGCUCUAUGGUAAAAGCGUUCGCCUGUUUCACGAUGGCACGUUGCAAACAUUUUUCCGUCGUCUCUGCUUUACACCGGAUGGGAAGCUCCUUCUCACGCCUUCGGGCAUUACAGAUUACGACGGUGUUGUGAAACCCAUAAAUACGACUUAUGGCUUCAGUCGCUAUAACUUAAGCCAGCCGUCAUUUGUACUGCCCUUCCCCAAUGAAUACACCGUGGCUGUUCGUUGCUCUCCAGUUUUGUACAGUCUGCGACCUUACAAUGCCGAAAAGAAUCCGCCAAUGAUAAAGCUGCCCUAUCGCAUUAUUUACGCUGUAGCCACUAAGAGUUCGGUUUUCUUCUAUGACACCCAGCAGGCCGUACCAUUUGCAAUUGUCUCGAACAUACACUACACAAGACUGACCGAUGUCACGUGGUCCAGUGAUGGUAAUGUGCUGGUGGUUUCCAGCACAGACGGGUUCUGCUCCUUGUUGACUUUUGAGGCCAGUGAACUGGGGGAGCGCUAUGAGGGAAUGGACACAGUGUUGAGCGCUGUUGCACAGCUUUCAGAAAAUGCGCCCCAAACAAACAAGAAAUCAAAAAAACAGAAGACACGUAAGCCGUCAUCGGAUGAAAUAGGCGUACGUCGGCCGCUACACGAGAAGCAAAAAUCAAACACAGUGGAGAUCAUAACGUCUUCUUCUACCAACCCGACUAUUCAAAAAUCAGAUAAACCCACGCCCAUAGCAAUCCGCCACUCACCGCGCAAAGUUACUCCUAUGAUAGGAAAGACCACUGAAUGUGCGGAAUCAACAUCCGCCGUCACUUGCAACAAGGGACCAACGCCGAUUGCAAUCAAACGAAAAGCAAACUUAGAAGCGGAGUCUCUGCAAGGUAAACCAAAACAACCAGCCAAUUUACUGCCCAUAUCACUACCUCUGCCUGUAGAGAUUGUCAUGUCUAAAGAAAUUAUCAGUUCCGAGGAGAAGUUCGAGUCACCGGAAAAAAAGUGUCGUCCCGUUACUCCCAUUCAAGUUCGCCGACAGCCACGUACACCAGGAAGCAGUAGCAACAAUACACAUACACCCAAGUCACAGUCUGCCAAACAUGCCACGCCGAUCGCUGUGCGACGCACGCCACGGGUACUCAUUGAAACGCCAAUGCCAGUAAACUCGCCAGUUGUGGUGGAGGAGGCCAUGGAUGCCUGGCCACUAGAGGACGGAGUUACACCAAUACCAACCACGUUGAAGCUUAAAACACCGGUUAAAGAAAUCCCUAAUGUGUCAACGCCCCCGCCAGAAUUGACACUCAAUGAAAUCUCCAGCGAUCGUACCGAAGACAUUCGCUUGGUCUAUGAAGAUACACAGGACGAUGAGUCGGCGGUUGUCGAGGCGGCUAAGCCCACGACGCCAAAGCAUCAGACCAGAACACCACGGCGAGUUUCAUUGCGAACUAUUUCGACGCCCAAGUCGAAAAAGAAACUGUUAGAAUAAAAGUGUUUGCAAUAGCCACCCUAAUUUAACCUAUAAUAAAAAAUAUGAAACUUUUAAAAUAGCAUUAAAAUAUUCUGCUAUUAAUCUAUCCAAAUAAAG